UUGCACUCUUAUAUCACAAUUGCUGUGUAACAGGUUGGCCAUGUGGAGAGAUCUGUACUUGGCGAGUGUUGCCAUAUGGCAUGUAGAAAAAUAACUUUUUCUUGAAAUAUUAGAAUGAAAUCGAGCCAUCGCAGGAUUGCUGUAAUGGCAGGACUCUGGGGUGUCAGUUUAUUAGCUGUGAACUUCAUUGUACCCUGUGUGCUAGGAACUGAGUCUCCAACUGGGGUGGGGAACAACCUUAUAGACUUCUGGAUCAUUCGUUUGGCUAUCAAUCUCCUGGGAUACGCCACUGUGUUUGUACCAGGGGCGAUCAUAAUAAAUUACCUGAGAAAAAUUAAAUACAGUGAAACAACAGGUCAAGGUGUGAUACAAGAAUUCUUGAAACAAUUGGCGUUUGGUAAGGAGGCUACUCUACCCGUUACACAGGAAGAGGAUCAUGGGAAGGGCAGUGAUUCUGCCGAGGACUCUUCAGUACAACGGGGUCUUACAUUACUAUUUUGUGUAGCUGGACUGCAGGGAUCAUACUUAACAUGGGGAGUUCUUCAAGAGAAAAUCAUGACAUCAGAAUAUGGACGCACAGAUCAUACUCAAGGAGAAUACUUUAAAAACUCACAAUUUUUAGUAUUUAUCAACAGAAUUUUAGCUUUUCUCAUUGGUGUAGUUGUGUUAAUUGUAAGGCCUCAGCCUACACAUACAACACCUCUGUAUAAAUACUCAUUCAGUUCCUUCUCCAACAUAAUGAGCAGCUGGUGCCAAUAUGAAGCCCUCAAGUUUGUUAGCUUUCCUUCACAAGUAAUGGCUAAAGCAUCCAAAGUAAUCCCAGUGAUGCUUAUGGGCAAAGUUGUAUCUCGGAAGAAGUACGAAUACCAUGAGUACUUGACUGCGGGACUGAUCUCUGUGGGAGUGAGUCUGUUUUUACUGACAAGUGGAGAUGCAACACGACACACAGGAGGGGUGACCACAAUGUCGGGAGUCAUCUUACUCAUUGGUUACAUGGCUUUUGACAGUUUCACUUCUAACUGGCAAGGAGAACUCUUUAAACGCCAUAAAGUCUCCUCUAUACAAAUGAUGACAGGAGUGAAUCUCUUUUCUUGUCUUCUCACUGGUGUAUCUUUAAUAGAACAAGGAGGUUUCUUUGAUUCACUAGCAUUUAUGACAAAACAUCCUGAUUUUAUAUCCCAUGCCAUAGUUCUAAGCUUUUGCUCUGCUGGUGGCCAACUGUUCAUUUUUUACACUAUUGCAAAGUUUGGACCUGUCACCUUUACCAUCAUUAUGACCAUCAGACAAGGAUUGGCUAUUUUGCUGUCGUGCAUUAUAUAUGGCCACCCAGUAACUAUGAUUGGGAUUUUAGGCAUUCUUUCAGUUUUUCUGGCUUUGUUUCUACGCAUAUAUGCCAAUCAGAGGAAACGUACUCUACAGAGUCAACCAGCUAAUAGUGUCUCCAAAGUCUGAUGAACUACAGAAUUAUAUCUAGUUUUUAGCUCACCAGAGCAGAAAGCUCAAAGAAGCUUUUCUUGAUCAAAAUAUGUUCAUUGUCUGUUUGUGUUCAUUUUCAUCUUCUCCAGCAACAUUGGGCCUAUUUCAAUACAACUUGGCACAAAUCAUCUUUGUUUUAAGAGGAUACAAGUUUGUCCCAUUCAAAGGGAGUAUAAUCAAGUAAAGGAAAAAUAGGGUGGGGCCAUUUAGAAAUUUUCUCAAGAACCAUGGGGCCAAGAAAAGUUUAAAUUUACAUGAAAGUUUCCUAAUAUAGUAUAGAUAAUUUUUUUUCUUCAAAUCAUGGCCCCUAGGGGUAUGGUGCCCCCCCCCCCCCCCCCCCCCCCCUCAAAGUUUUACAUGGGAAUUUAUAGGGAUAAUGUUUUGAAAUCUUGCUCUCAAGAACAACAGGAUCAUGAUUACUCAUAUCAAAUUAAAUAUGCAAGCAUCCCCAAGUAGUUCAGAUUCAAAUUUGGUCCAAUUAUGUCCCCUGGGGGUUGGGAUCAAAGUUUUAUAUGUGAAUAUACAGGGAAACAUCUGUGGUGUAGAUCAAAUUUGGAUUCCAAAAAAAUCUAAAGAACUUUUAGUAAACUUGAAAUUGCAAAACUUUUCUCAAAUCAACAACAUCAAAACGUAUGACUUUUCAACAAGUCAUAUGCAAGCAUAUGACUUUGAGUGUUGAAAAGUCAUACGUUUUGAUGUUGUUGAUUUGAGAAAAGUUUUCCAAUUUCAAGUUUACUAAAAGUUCUUUAGAUUUUUUUGGAAUCCAAAUUUGAUUUACAAAUCAUGACCAUUCCUCACGAUGAAUUAAAGACUAGACUUUUUGACAUCAUAGACAGUUGCUUCUUCAACAAAAAUGGAAAACAGAAAUAUUCCUAUCUAGUGAUUAGUCAUUGAAAAAAUUCCUUUCUUAUACGCCACUCUGAUUCCACGCACAAGUACUCUGGAGUUGAAAUAAAAUAUAUGCUGGAGUUUCUCAUUGACAAUAUCUUCGUGGUCUUUGGUGAUCAAGUCUUCCAACAGUCUGUUAGGGAAUGCCCAUGGGCACGAAUUGUGCUCCUUUGUUAGUUGACCUGUUUUUAUAUUCCUAUGAAAAAUGAGAUUUCAUAUUUUGCAUAGAUUCCUUAAUGGCAAGAAAUUUAAAAGUUUUUCACCGUUUGACCUUGGAGUUUGCCCUACUUAAAACCUAGCCUUGACAAUAUCUCCUGAACUGAUACGAAUGACAAAAUAACAACUCAACUUUAUGACAAAUGGCAUGAUUUCAGCUUCUCCAUCGUCAGCUUUCCAUGUUUAUGUAGCAAUAUUCCAUUAUCACCUGCAUCUCUCAACCGAUUCGAUACGCAAGAGCUUGUUCUGCGUGUGGUCAGUUUUUAAAUCGAGGCAGCUAGGCUACUGACGAAUAAGUUGAUGGUGCAGGGGUUUCAACAGUCUCAAUUGAAGUCAGCAUUUAGCAAAUUCUAUGGUCGUUAUAAUGAUAUAGUUUGCCAAUACAACCCAUCAUUGGGUCAAAUGCUGUCUGACAUGUUUCAUACCGAUUGUUAGACAGUUCUUAGCACACUGAUUUUGACUACAGAUAACUCCGUUUACCUGAUCCAGAUGUAGGGCUCACGGUGGGUGUGACCGAUCGACAGGGGAUGCUUACUCCUCCUAGGCACCUGAUCCCACAUCUUGUGCAUCCAGGGGUCCGUGUUUGUCCAAUUCUCUAUUUUGUAUUGCUUAUAGGAGUUAUGAAAUUGAUCACUGUUUGUUAUCUUUACCUUUCUGUAUAAGGUAGUGCUUUCACAUUUUGUAUAUAGAUUCCUUAUGGCGAGAAAUUUUAUUUGAUGCUACGAUGUUUGAGUUUUUGUCACCUUGCCCAUGUAGUAUGACCCAAAUUUUACAAAUUUAACUGAAAUGUUAACCUUGUUCAUAACUUAAUGAUAAUUGAUAUAUCCUUCAUAUUUCCUUGGGACAGGGCCUUUAUUUUGGUACUAAAGUUUUAGACUUUGUAACCUUGACCUUGGAUUUUGACCUCCUUUUAAGAAAGUAAACCUAGGCAGUAUCUCUGAACUGUAUAAGGUAGGGCUUUCAUAUUUCAUAUAGAUUCCUCAUGGUAAGACCUUACCUUUCAUGAUACCAUGAUUUUUUACCUUUAACAUGAUUAUUUCUUGACCCUUUGGGAAUAAAGAUUGAAAAAAAAAAUCCAGCUAAGCCUAGAUAACUCAGGUGAGCAUUGUGAGCCAGGGGUCUUUUGGUUUUUAUAGAAUAAUUAUUAUAGAUAAUGGUUGUCAGUUUUAAAGAACAAUGUAUAUAUUAUCUCAAGAUAUACAAACUCACUUGGAUCUUUUAGCUUUUAUCUUCAUGAAUCUCAUUUGUUUUCUUACUCCUAUUUUAUAGCAUAAAUAUGUGUGCAAGUUUAUUAAAGAAAAAGAGCAAAUCCAU